ACAGUUUGCACCGGAUGCCGCAGGGAAUGGCAGGGACAGUUCUGUCCUCAUGACACCCCAGCUCUGGUGGGGGCAGACAAAUGACUGCAGAGAAAGCCGGUCGAUGACUAGUCCGGUGAGAGAAUUAGGGUGCUCCGGGGGACAUAAAGGCGCGUGGUGGCCUAGACGGGACAGGUGCACCGGCCAGGCUGCAGAGGAAGCCCUGGGAGGCGGGGAGGUGACAUGACAAGCAGCCACCACGCAGGGGCAGGCGCCAGCUUAGCACGUUCAAGGAACAGAAACCGAAACCAGUGUGGCCGCAGGACGGGCCGGCGGCUGGCAGGAUGGUGAUUUGGGACAACGGGACCACAGCACUGCCCCCGCCCCCGGCACCAAACAUCAGCGUGCCACAUCGCUGCUUGCUCCUGCUGUACAAGGACAUCGGCACGUCCAGGGUCCGGUACUGGGACCUCCUGCUGCUCGUCCCCAACGUGCUCUUCUUCAUCUUCCUGCUCUGGAAGCUUCCGUCCGCCCGGGCCAAGAUCCGCGUCACCCCUAGCCCCAUUUUUAUCACCUUCUACAUCCUGGUGUUCGUGGUGGCACUGGUGGGCAUUGCCCGGGCCGUGGUAUCCAUGACAGUGAGCACGUCGGAUGCGGCUACCGUGGCUGAUAAGAUCCUGUGGGAGAUCACCCGCUUCUUCCUGCUAGCCAUCGAGCUGAGCGUUGUCAUCCUGGGCCUUGCGUUCGGUCACCUGGAGAGCAAAUCUAGCAUCAAACGAGUGCUGGUCAUCACCACGGUGCUGUCCCUGGCAUACUCGGUCACCCAGGGGACCCUGGAGAUCCUCUACCCCGAUGCCCACCUGUCUGCCGAGGACUUCAACAUCUACGGACACGGGGGUCGCCAGUUCUGGCUGGUCAGCUCCUGCUUCUUCUUCCUGGUCUACUCCCUGGUGGUCGUCCUCCCCAAGACCCGGCUGAAGGAGCGCAUCUCCCUGCCUUCGCGGAGGAGCUUCUACGUCUACGCGGGCAUCCUGGCCCUGCUCAACCUGCUGCAGGGGCUGGGCAGCGCGCUGCUGUGCUUCGGCGUCAUCGAGGGGCUCUGCUGCGUAGACGCCACCACCUUCCUGUACUUCAGCUUCUUCGCGCCGCUCAUCUAUGUGGCCUUCCUGCGGGGCUUCUUCGGGUCAGAGCCCAAGAUCCUCUUCUCCUACAAAUGCCAAGUGGACGAGACGGAGGAGCCGGACAUGCACCUGCCCCAGCCCUACGCGGUGGCCCGGCGGGACGGCCCGGAGGCCGCGGGGACAGCGGGGGCCUCGGCCGCCAGCUACUCCAGCACGCAGUUCGACGCGGCCGGCGGGGUGGCCUACCUGGACGACGUCGCCUCCAUGCCCUGCCACAACACGGGCAGCAUCAACAGCACGGACAGCGGGCGCUGGAAGGCCAUCAAUGCCUGAGGGUGGCCGCCCUGGCCGGGUGGCCCGGCGGGGCCAGCGGGGGACAAACCAGGGAAGAGGCCAGCACACCCGGCCCGAGUCCCGGGUGCA